AUGGAUACCUCCUACCUGUCACAGCAGGUUACUACCAUCAUCGAGCGUCUGCAUGGCUUCUUCGACGAGAUCGGCGUGCCCAGCCACGAGCGCGACUCGAGAGAAUCCGAGGUGGGCAUCGCAAUACCACAUCGAGGAAGGCGAUCGAGAGACCACAUGGAACUGACAAAUCGCCUAGCUAUUCUCGGCACUCUCAGAGACACUACACAACCAGCUCAACGCGGUCGCCAAAGAGAAGCAUGACCUCACCGAAGAGGCCAAGCGCCUCAUCAAGACCAUCCGCCAGAUGGAGCGGUCGCUGGACGACACGAGACCCAAAGACGAAUUCGAUUCCGAGCGAGACGGCAUGAAGAUCACGUUCCCGCUGCUGAACUGUAUACAGCGUCUGAAGGAGAAACACCACACAAUCGCGAAGCUGCAUCGGGAACGCUAUGAACAGGUCAAAAAGCUUGUCGAGGCUCUGGAGUCAUACGCAUCACAUCUGGAACCGUCGUUCAUCAAGAUCAAGCUACCACCAAACACCGGCGAGGUCUCUCCAUCAUUCGACCUGUCGCCCACAUAUGUUUCCAAGCUUGACGUCGAGUUCACGAGAGUCUACGAUGAGUACAACAAGCGAGUCGCAACAGUCGCGCAGUGUGCGGAGAGCAUCAUCAACCUCUGGUCUGAGCUUGGUACUCCACAGUCGCAGGUGGAUUCCACACUUGUGCAAUUUGCACGCGAUGCGCCAGAGCAACUCGGCCUACACCAGGACGAUUUGAAGCGGCUAGCUGCUAGGCGCGACAAGCUUGUGGCGGAGAAGCAACAGCGUGAGCGAAAGCUGAAAGAGCUCAAAGUCACUGUCGAGGAGCUUUGGGACCGACUUGGUGUUGACGACAGUGAGCGCAAACAGUUUCUCGCCGCGAACCGAGGAUGUGGGCUUCGGCAGAUCAACGAAUUCGAGGAGGAGCUCGCGAGACUUAAUGAGCUGAAGCGUCAGAACCUGCACAUAUUCGUUGAGGAUGCCCGAUUCAAAUUGCAGGAGCUCUGGGAUAGUCUCUACUUUUCAGAGGAGGAAAUGCUGGACUUUGCGCCGGCUUUCUCUGAUGUCUGUUCGGACGCUCUACUGUCCGCCCAUGAGCAGGAAAUCGCACGCCUGGAAGCACUGAAGGAGCAACGAGGCCCCAUACUGGCCAUCGUGGACAAGCACCGCAGCCUGAUCAAGGAUCGGGAGGAUCUUGAGAAGAGUAGCAACGACGCAUCCCGACUGAUGUCCAAGGGCGCCAAGGGAGAGAAGCGGGAUCCAGGCAAGCUGCUGCGCGAAGAGAAGAUGCGAAAGCGCAUCAUGAAAGAAUUGCCAAAGGUGGAAGCUGAGCUACGAAAGAUUCUCGAGGCCUGGGAGGAAGAGUAUGGCCGCCCAUUCUGCGUGCAUGGUCGGCGAUUUUUGGAUGAGCUUGAUGCCGCCCAGGCAAAGGCACCACCAGCUCGCAGCAAGACGCCAAAUGCUUUGUCCGGAACGCGAGACGCGCCGAAGAGUGCUGGUCGCGAUACGGUACCCAAGUCUGCCAGCAGAGCAGCGACUAUGCGCGGUGCACCACCACAAAGAAGUAAGACGCCAACGUCUGGGCUGGGCAGAAGUUUGCUUAGUACCUCGAUGAUGGGCUCUUCCACGAUGGGAGCUUCGAUGUCGGCGAGUGUGUCGGGCAAAGUAAGUCCUUCGAAGAUACCUGGAGCCUCACGCCUGCCUAUGAGCGCUUUGCGUGAUGGAAACAAUUCGCCGGAGCGUCAUGCGAGGGCUAAGACAGGCCCACCUGAGGAGCGAGCAGAAGACUUUAGCAGAUCCGUUCGCGGGAACAUGGGACCUCCACCUCCCAAGAUGAAAGACCUUUUCAUCCCACCGACGCCUACUCCUUGUGGCAACAAGGAGAACGGUCCCGGCUUCGAGCGUAGCGCUAGCGUGCUCCGCCAUGUGCGGUCGGAGGAUCCGUAUGAUGACAAUAGUCGAUACAGGAACAACCAAUACUCUAGCACGGCUUCCUCCGUCAGCAUGCACUCAUCUCGCAGCGGUCAUAUGCAUGCGCGCUCGGUCGACUCCUUGGCUUCCAAUGUUUCUCGGCCGAUCAGCAGGACCGAAUACCCAGUCGCCCCUCCUUUCUCUCGACAGGCGAGUAACACAUCCUCGGUCAUGAGCGGUAGUGCUGCUAGUGGCAGCGAGAACUGGGAGACAUACACCGACAACUCCGAGGCGGAGGAGAACGACGCGACAGACGCAUACUACGCCAAGGUCAAAGCCCAGCACAUGCGUCAAGCCAACAAGCGCCCUGCAGCGCAUGGCAUGGGCGCACAACUCGGAGCCGUGAAGCGUGUGCGCGAGCAGCCUAUCGUGGAGGAAGGAAAUCACAUGGAAGGCAGCGAGGCGGGUUGGACGGAUGACGGCGAGAUUGGAGAGACGUACUGA